CAGGAAGCUCGAGGCAUCAAAACAAGACACGUCCAUCAUAGAGAAGGCGUAGACAAAUACAGGAGAAUGACGGACACUUCGAAGUUUAGACCAGACGUUUCGAAGCUCUUCGAGCCAAGGCCUCCCUUAAAACAUCUGGACGAUCUUGAUUACCCACUGUCGAAGAGAAGAACGUGCCACAUUGACGGUAUCGGUUCGUAUCUUGAGCAGCUGAAGGGGUACACUGCUCCUCAGAAAGCUCCAGCUGAGAACACAGCGGAACAGCAGCUCCAAGAGGCUAAAGAGCACGAGAAGGAGCACAAGAUCACCGAGAACAUACGUAAACUUGAUGACGAGUUCCAGAAAUGGAAGCCCGAUGAGGAUCCUAAUAUCAAGGGAGAUCCAUUCAAGACCGUUUUCGUUGCACGGUUGGACUACAGCAUCACUGAGGUCGAUUUACAGCGAGAGUUCACCAAGUUUGGUGAAGUUGAGAGGGUCAGAAUCGUUAGGGAUAAAACCGAUGGUAAGUCAAGGGGCUAUGCCUUUGUCGUGUUCUCUGAUGAACACGGUGCGCGUGCUGCUUACAAGGAAGGUAAUGGCAUGAAGCUUGGGGAUCGAACCAUUUUGACGGAUGUUGAGAGGGCAAGGACCAACAAGAACUGGGUUCCUAGAAGACUUGGAGGCGGACUCGGGGGACGCCACUACCUUCUGAAGCAGAAGCAGAGAGAAGAGUCCGAGAGAAAGAAGGCUGAGAUGUAUGCUAGUAAGAUGAAAGCACCACCUAGGUUUGCUGGUAGAGGACGUGGUGGUGGCAGCAGUGGUGUUCACGAGAGACCAAAGUAUGAACCGAGAGGUGGUGAUAGAGCCCAUGACUCUAGAGGGCACUCAGAUCGGGGCUACGAGCCAAGAUCGUCGAGACCGUAUGCUGACAGUAGACAUGAACGGUCGUAUGAGUCCAGAAAUGAGCGGUCGUAUGAGUCAAGAAACGAGAGAUCAAUUGGUUAUAGAUCAUCACAGGAUAGAUACAGCUCGAGGUCCGAGAGAAGUGACUACAGAGACAGAGAUAGGUAUAAGUACCAGAGAUAGCCAUAUAGUAAGCAUUGAAACCA